GAAAAGUUUAGCCACUCAGAGGCGCUAGAAGGCGGGUCAAUAUAAUGAGGGACAGCAGAACCCACCCAAUCAGGAGGUGGGGGUAGUUUUUCCUGCUUGUCUCGCCGAGUUCUCGCAGAUGCUGGUGCCCAAGGAUCAGAUAAUCCGUGGAUGCCCAGGAAGGACAGCAGUGAAUUUCUUGCUUUAAGUCAGGAAUGGUCUAUGGUGCUUCCUUGUUGGAUCUCUCCCUUGCCUGGAUGUCUUGGGAAAGCUAAUACCUACCAGGCUGCUAAUACCUACCAGACAGCCUGUGUAGCCAGUGAGAGUUGAAUGGUGUAAGUACUGCUGCUGUGGGGCAGAAGACAGGCUCAUCUCACAAUGGCUCUGACCAUCGAGACAGAGUCACGGAUCUAUCGCUCCCUGCGAGCCGUCUCCGGCAUCACUGCCCACCUUGUCUCACUUGGAUUCACCAUCUUUGUGGCCGUACUGGCCAGACCUGGGUCAAGCUUGUUCUCUUGGCAUCCUUUCUUAAUGUCGCUUGCGUUCUCCUUUUUGAUGACGGAAGCCCUGCUGGUCUUCUCCCCGGAGAGCUCGCUGCUCCGCUCCUUCUCUCGCAAAGCCAAGGUCCGCUUCCACUGGGCCCUGCAGCUGCUGGUCCUCCUCUGUGCCCUGCUGGGCCUGGCCAUCAUCAGCUACAACAAGCACCUUAAUGGCAAGGCCCACUUUGUCACCUGGCACGGCCUGACGGGGUUGCUGACCGUGCUGUACGCCAGCAUGCAGUGCACAGGCGGCGUUGUUCUCCUCUACCCCAAGCUGAUGAAGAACUGGACGCUGGCCAAGCUCAAGGUCUACCAUGCCACAUCGGGGCUGGUGGGUUACCUCUUGGGCUGUGCCAGUUUGAUGCUGGCCAUGUGCUCCUUGUGGUUUACCACCACAGUGACUGGUCUUUCCUGGUACCUGUCAAUGCUGUGCCCCAUUCUCACCAGCCUAGUUAUCAUGAACCAGGUGAGCAAUGCUUAUCUCUACCGCAAAAGGAUCCAGCCCUGAGGUACCACACUGAAACCAAUCUUCCCUGGGAAUGCUGAAGGUGCCAAGCACUGUCCCUGGGGCAUUGGACCUGGGAAGUCACCUGCAUAGGGUCUCUCUGGAGCUAGCUUUCUAACUAACUCUAUAUUUUUAAUACUGGAAAUGUGUGUAGCAUUGUGCCCACUCCAUGAAGUUGCUCUUCCCUGAAGGCCGAGCAGCCCUGGGCAGGAUGGUAUAGUUGCCAUCAGCGACAGUGCGUGUGACGGACAGCAGCAGUUUAGCUCAUACGUGCUUUCGUGCUGAAUGGUUUUCCAGCCACAUGCAGGUCUAGUGGCUGGAACAGCUGGAUGCUCAUCAGCGGAGCCCCGUAUGAACUACUCCACGCACAGGCUCCGUACAACCAGAGGCGAAAGGAUUAAAGCUGGAAUUCAGAGCUGCUUCCCCUGGGUGGGCUCAACGCUAGUGCAGACUGUUCUCAUUGACACAGUACCAGGGCUGUAUGGCGGGGGGGCAGGAAUUUGUUAUAUCCCUUUGUGAUUAGGCAGGUCUGGAAUGUUCCCUUCCCCCUCCUCUUUUAGGAGUAAAGAUCAGUAGUUCCUAGCAAUGAGCAAAUCUGCAGGGAGGGCUACCCUGGGUCCACACCCCUAAUCCAGAAGGAGGCGCUGCAGUGCAGAGAAGAGGGGAUCAUAGGAGUAGAGAUGGGUCGGGCACCAGCUGCCCUUGAGUAACACUGACCCCUCUGCCACAGGCGGGGGAGUCUGCCUUGGAGAAAGUGUAGGGGCACAGGCCUGGAAGGGCCACAGCUGCCUUCUCCCAUGGGCAGAGGAGCCUUUCAGGCACCUCCAGGAGAUUCUCCAAAUUAAAGCUAAUUGAUGGUUGUUUCAGCACACCUUGGUGAAGUUUUGAGGCUGAGGGAAUGAAGGCUGAGUAGUAACUAAGGAGCAGCCCUGGAGCAGAGGGGCCUGGGAUCUCUAUGAGCAAGACUAGAGCUGAGUGAAGCCAAGGAGAACACCUUGCCUGAGCUAGGGCUGUGCUGGGUGGGCGAGGCUCACACUGGGCAACCUUAGCAUGGAUCUCCUGGUAGAGCAUGGGCUGGAAAUCCAAGCUCUGGGAGUGGCAGAGCCAUUCACCACCUUCCUGUGCACUUCAACUUUGGCUGCUCCUUAAAGCCACUCUGAGUGGAGCCAGCCAAGGGCCUUAGUUUCUGUGCUAUCUGUAGAGCAGGGCUCCAGCCUUCUAGCAGCUGGGACCAGCUGCCAAGAGGGAUCUCCCCACUGUGCCAUUUGGGCAGCUCAGCUCUGCGGGGCUGGAACUGUUGCCCAGAUGGUUUGGAGGGGAUGGGAAGCUGGGACCUUCUCCAUGGAAGAUCGGAGAGUUGAGGGCUUGCUCUCUUGCUUUCUGGAGUACCUUCCAUCCAGGGAUCUCUCAGCACUUUGCAGCCUCCAAUCAGUCCUUCCCACACACCUCAUGGAGCAGUCAGUAUUGUCCACCCCAUUGUACAGCUGGGGAAACUGAGAAGGAAGUGACUUGUCCAAGGUCUCACAAGGAGCUGGUGGGCAGAUCUGGGAAUCAAGCCCAGCUCCUGAGGCUUAUGCACCAUCUUCUCCCCACUGUUCCUCUGACAGCCUCCUGGGCAAAGCUCAGGCCUACUGUUCCCUUCCUUGUGGUAUGGGGGUGUGAGAGCAGCAGGUCUGCCCCCAUUGUGUGUGUUACUGGGAGACAGUCCUGUUGUAUGUACUGUAAUGUAUUUAGCCAUAUCAUGUGGGAAAGGGCCACAGCCUCCAGGUCACUGAGAGAUUGGGAGGGGGGACAUAUUGCACACCCGGUGCUAUGGCCCGCAGGCAAUGCCUGUCUUCUGAGGAAGGGGAGAAACGAGUUGGACUGAACCCUCUGUGCCUGGCAGGGAGGAAAGGACUUGGCUCCAAGAAUGAGGGUACUAGAGACUUUGGAAGCAACUCCUGGUUUUAUGCCUCUUGGGUAAAAGAACAAAUGUUGGGUUAGGCCCUCCAAGGCCCAGCCCUUCUCUGGGAGAAGUCUGGGGCACGUGGGCUUGACUAGGGCUCAAUUCCAUCACAGCAGAUGGGGGCCCUUCCUCGUGCCUGGAAUAGCCCUGGUGAGGAUUCCUAAAGGUGCACAAUGGUGCUCUGCCGUGUUAGCUGCUGCGCAGUCCUCUUGGCCAUUGCGUGAGCAUGGAAUGAUCCUGGGAGCCCAUUCACCUUUAUGUUGCACUGACACAUUCCUUCUGCUAAAGGGAGAGGGAGGAAGUGCCCCUCCUCUCUGUUAGCAAGGUCUGAGCAGCCUUGGUUCAGGAUGCAGCCCUGUGGACUUUGCGGUGUGUGCAGCUCUCCUCCCUGGUUAAAUGACACCCCCACCCCCACCCCGCUAGCAGGGAGGUCCUACCGACUGUAAAAGGUGCAGAAAGGGUUUGGAAUACUUGUGGCACCUUAGAGACUAACAAAUUUAUUUGAGCAUAAGCUUUUGUGAGCUACAGCUCACUUCAUCGGAUGCAUGCAUUUUUUUUCCACUGCAUGCAUCCAGUGAAGUGAGCUGUAGCUCUCGAAAGCUUAUGCGCUAAUAAAUUUGUUAGUCUCUAAGGUGCCACAAGUACUCCUUUUCUUUUUGCGGAUACAGACUAAUACAGCUGCUACUCUGAAACCAGAAAGGGUUUGACUCCUGCUGGAGCCCAAGGAAGCUGCAGCCAGCCUCAGUAGCUGUUUCAAUCCUCUUACUGAGGUGCAUCAUUUUCCCUCUGGGGGGCAGGGGAAGUGGGAGCAGAGCCUACUCAAGGAACAUUAAGCUGGAGCCAGAGGUUUUUUUAAUUAAAGAUUUCAAGCAGCUGCAGCCUUGUCAGCUUUGUGCCA